AAACUCCAUUUCAGCGCCUAUAAUCCGGCAAGCGCCAAAGGUUCCUCGACCACGGCCGUCGUGAGAGCGCGUUGCCUUCGGGGUCAGCGGUUUGUGCUCGGCUUUUGUCUGGAGAACCCCCCGGUCCCCGACUGUCGCAAUUGUUGUGCGACAGCCGGCCCCUCACCCAACGCAGACUCCCACUCCACCCUAUCCUUCCCUGCACCCUUGACUGAAAUAUCCUCUCUGACCUGGCACUCUGUCGCGUCUGCCUUGCCCCUCUUUUGUCACUCCCUCUGCCCGACUUUGUGCUAUACAAUCCCUAUCUCUAUCCCCUUCGAACCUGCCAGCAUGGAUUUACUUUAGUACGUUUGGACUUCAGAAGAAGCCCUCUGGCUUCCAUUCCACUGCCCCGGCAUAUAUACAAAUCUCCCACCUCCUCACUCGUCACUUGUCACCAAAUAUCAGGUUUAUAUUACCUAGAAUGGCCCUUUCUAGAGCAGCAAGAAUUAUACUGGUUGGCGCACCAGGUGUGGGGAAGGGGACACAAACAGAGCGCUUGAUGAAGCGCUUCCCGGAUCUGUCCUCGAUAAGUUCGGGCGACCUGCUAAGAAAGAAUGUUAGAGAAAGAACACCUCUCGGUAUCCAGGCUGAGCACAGGAUGAAGACUGGUGCACUAGUCCCCGACGCGAUGAUUCUACGACUCAUCGUCAACGAGCUCACCACUCGCGGAUGGCUGACGGAUAGCACCGUCAGGCCUUACACAGUCUACUCCAGCUCAAUGGGCAUGGAUAUGGACGACACCGUGGAUUCCGUCUUCAUUCCUUCCGGGCUCCGGAUGUCUAAGUACAACUACUCGGACCAUCCAUCGGCCUCUUUCAUUCUGGAUGGCUUUCCGCGGACAGCAGCGCAGGCCGCACAGCUGGAUGAACUUAUUCCUAUAAACAUGGUGGUAAAUCUCAACACUCCCAGUGACAUCAUCAUCGAUCGCAUCUCUGGUCGGUGGGUCCACGCACCAUCGGGCCGGGUGUACAACACGACUUUCAACCCACCCAAGGUGCCGGGAAAAGAUGAUGUGACCGGAGAAAGCCUUACACGCCGCGAGGACGACGACCCUGAAGUGUGGAAGGCGCGGUUGAAGAGUUUCAGGGAGACCAGUCUCCCUUUGCUUGAACAUUACGACAAGCUGGGCGUUUUGCGGACUUUGAAUGGGAAUAGUAGCGAUGAGAUUACCCCACAACUGUUUGAAGAAUUUGGGAAGGUUUUCGGUGUGGACAACAACUGAGCGUUCAACGUCAUUGCUCAUCGGUGGUAGAGGGUGAAAGCGCCCCAAACACGGUGUGCGUGGUGUGGCUUCACAUUUUGCGUUCACUGUUUGUACAGCGCGCUGGCCUGGGUUAUAUAGCAGCCAGCGCAACACUUUUUCUCCGUAGAACGAUAUAAUUGC